AUGUCUCCCCUUCGAGGCACUUCGAACUGCUGCAAAGGCGAAGGACGGGAGGGUAGUGGAGGAAGAGGAGGGGUUGAGGACGAAGGCUCCUCCCACGGUAGAAACGAGGCGCAAGCGACAGAGGAGGUUGCCAGGGAUGAUCCUAUCGGGGCCGAGCUUGCCGGGGACGAGCUUGUCGAGGACGAGCCUGCCAGGAUUGAGGCUUUAUAUGCUGUGGUAGCAGAGGCCCAGGAGGAAGAGGGGGCCGAGGAGGCGGAGCAGCCCGAGGAGGAGUGGCUCGCGGCAGGCCCUCAAGCCCCCAAGCCAGUCUUAGACCAACGCCCUCACAGGCGGGUGCCUAGCCGCGGAGCAGUGGUUCCUGAUCCUGCACCUGCCGUUAAGAAGAUCCCUCCCGCCAAGCAAUUGUCAGCCACGGGAGUUGACUCCAGUUCCCAAUCCGGCUCGAGCUCCUCGCAUAGCUCAUCCUCAUCAGAGUCCCCUGUGCCUCAGCAAGGCCUGAAGUUGCCGGGAAGCUCCGUUCCUCCGCCCCAGAAGAGAAGCAGGGCGCCCUCACCGCCCGUGGAGUUUGAGCUAAACUCCAUGCUCAUUGACGAAGAGGAGGAGGAGGAAGAAGGCGAGACCCUCGUCCACCGAACUAAGCGGCUCAGGCGCGCGGAGCCACCAAAGACUAUGGAAGAUACGGCCUUGGCGGGAAGCAGCACAAACGACCCGACACCAAGCCCCCAGCUCAGUCCCGGCCUGAAAGUGCAGGGUUGGUUCCUCCCGUCAAAAGCGACGGAGGAGAGCUCCCCACCUCUAUAG